CUAAAAACCCUAGAGUCUAAAAAUCGAUAUAUUUGUUAGAUUAUUAGAUUUGCACAAACCCUAACAUCGCCUUUAGCUCUGCCGUAUCCGAUCCACAGUUCUAGAGAUGGGUGAGGAAGUUAAGGCUCUGAUUCCUGAGUCACUCUUGAAGAAGAAGAAGAGGAAUGAAGAGUGGGAGCUUGCCAAAAAGCAAGAGCUUUUAGCUGCAAAGAAGAAGAGAGUCGAGAACCGCAAGCUGAUUUACGCUAGGGCUAAGCAAUAUGCAAAGGAGUAUGAGGCUCAGGAAAAAGAGUUGAUUCAAUUGAAGCGGGAGGCGAAGUUGAAAGGAGGAUUCUAUGUCGAUCCUGAAGCUAAGCUUUUGUUUAUUAUUCGAAUUCGUGGUAUCAAUGCCAUGCAUCCAAGGACAAGAAAGAUUCUGCAGCUCUUGCGGUUGAGACAGAUUUUCAAUGGUGUUUUUCUUAAAGUGAAUAAGGCAACAAUGAACAUGCUUCACCUGGUUGAACCUUAUGUGACUUACGGAUACCCUAAUCUCAAGAGUGUGAGGGAAUUGAUUUACAAAAGAGGUUAUGGGAAGUUGAACAAGCAGAGAGUUGCUUUGACUGGCAAUGAAAUCGUUGAGCAGGCUUUGGGCAAGUUAGGUAUCAUCUGUGUGGAAGAUCUCAUCCAUGAGAUAAUGACUGUGGGACCUCAUUUUAAGGAGGCCAACAACUUCCUCUGGCCCUUUAAGCUCAAGGCACCAUUGGGUGGUCUGAAGAAGAAGAGAAACCACUAUGUUGAAGGUGGAGAUGCUGGCAACCGCGAGAAUUACAUCAAUGAGCUAAUUAGGAGAAUGAAUUAAAGUUGGUCUAUUUGUUAAUUUAGUGGUUUGAUUUCGUAUAUCUGGAAGGCUCCUGAUUUUAAUUUC